AGACAUGCCCACAUCUAUUUACAACAAGGCCAGAACCGAAUAGGCAGAGUCUAUAAGAAGGCUUCUUAUUUCCAAUUCACCAAUGGUUUGUAUACAGAACAAAUAAAGAAACCAGAUUGGCUGGGAUUGUUAGGUCCCAUUAUAAGAGCAGAAGUUGGGGAUACCAUAAUUCUCCAUCUUAAAAACUUUGCUUCUAGACCAUACAGUGCACAUCCACAUGGAACAGAGUAUACAAAGGAAAAUGAAGGUGCCCUAUACCCAGACAACACCUCAGGGACAAACAAGAAGGAUGAUGCUGUUAAGCCUGGAGAAUCCUAUACUUACAAGUGGGAUGUAGUGGAAGACCAAGGUCCAUCUGCACAGGAUGAUGAUUGUAUCAUCAGGCUAUAUCACUCACACAUUGAUGGUCCAAAGGAUGUUUACUCUGGACUUGUGGGGCCCAUGAUUAUCUGUAAGACAGAUGGGACAAAGACACCUGAAAAAAAAGACAAAAAAGAGGAAUAUAUCAUGAUGUUUUCAGUGAUUGAUGAAAAUGUAAGCUGGUAUAUAGAUGAAAAUAUCAAUGAUUUCACCAACUCUACUGCCGUGGAUAAAGAAGAUGGGGACUUUCAAGAGAGCAAUAAAAUGCAUUCUAUCAAUGGAUACAUGUAUGGAAACCUCCCAGGACUUUCUGUAUGUGAUGACACAAAUGUGAGAUGGUAUUUGUUUGGUAUGGGAAAUGAGGUGGAUGUACACUCAGCCUACUUCCAUGGCCAAGUGUUAACAUAUCAGAAAUACCGUGUGGAUACCCUCAGCCUCUUUCCCGCCUCCAUGGUUCAGGCUUCUAUGCUUACUAAAAACCCUGGCAAGUGGCUUCUCAGUUGUCAAGUUAAUGACCAUUUAGAAGGUGGUAUGCAGGCACUCUAUGAAGUAAGAAACUGCACAGCAAAGAGGUCCUGUGGGUUUAUUACAAAGAUUCGUCAUUAUUACAUAGCUGCAGAAGAGAUAUUCUGGAACUAUGGACCAACUUCAAUUAAUCAGUUCACUGGACAAAAGCUAAAUGAUCCUGACAGUGAAUCAGCAACAUUUUUUGAGCAACAUGACAUGCGAAUUGGAGGAACAUAUAAGAAAGCCAUUUAUAGAGAAUAUACAGAUGCAACUUUUACAACACGGAUACCAAGAUCCAAAGAGGAAGAUCAUCUUGGAAUGCUGGGGCCUAUCAUUAUUGCACAGGUAGGAGAUGCUAUCAAAGUUACAUUUAAGAACAAGGCAAGUCAUCCAUACAGCAUCCAGGCCCAUGGAGUGAGCUGCACAAAGGACAUGGAAGGUGAAAAUGGUGCAUCUGGGGAACAAAGUGGGCACUCUCUUCCUUCUCAUGUGGCUCCAGGAGAUACAAUAACAUACAGAUGGGAAGUUCCCAACAGUGUGGGAUCCACAAUGCAUGACCUAAACUGCUUACCAUGGCUUUAUUAUUCAUCCGUGGAUGUAGUCAAAGACACCAAUUCUGGUCUCGUUGGUCCGUUGUUAGUGUGUAAGAGUUUAAUAAAAGAUCAACAGGUAUAUUUUAGAGGUGUAGCUCACAAUUACUUCAUGAUGCCUGCCGUGUUUGAUGAGAAUAAGAGCUGGUAUUUGAAGGACAACAUUGACCUAUUUACUGGGAAACCACAGUCUGUGGACACGGAUAAUGAAGAUUUUCAGGAGUCCAAUAUGAUGCACUCUAUCAACGGGUACAUGUAUGGAAAUCAGCCCAGCCUGGAUAUGUGUGUAGGAGACUCCAUACGCUGGCAUAUGCUGGGACUUGGUACAGAAGUUGAUAUACAUGGAAUCCAUUUUACAGGAAACACUAUUAUAGUGCGUGACACUAUAAGAGAUGUUGCAAGUUUAUUUCCACACAUCUCAUAUUCCAUAAUGAUGACACCAGACAAUGAAGGUGUCUUCAAUGUAGAAUGCAUGACCACAGACCAUUACACCGGAGGAAUGAGACAGCACUACAAGGUGAAGUCAUGUGCUGAAAAGAAGAGACAGUUUGGGCUACAUCAGAUAAAGACAUAUUACAUUGCAGCUGAGGAAAUAGAAUGGGACUAUGCUCCAAACCGCACCUGGGAACAUGAGUGGCUUUUACACCACCCUGAGAGAAGCCCUGGUGAUGUAUUUUUAAAUAAAAGUCAAACAUCUGUUGGUUCAAAGUAUAAGAAAGCUGUAUACCGGGAAUAUACAGAUGACACGUUUGCAACACGCAAAGAAAGGACAGAAAAUGAAGAUCAUCUUGGAAUUUUAGGCCCACUUAUACAAGCAAAUGUUGGGGAAGAAAUUAAAAUUAUAUUCAAGAACAAAGCAAGCAGACCCUACUCAAUUAAUGCACAUGGUAUUAAACCACAAAAUAAUGAUGUAAAAGCAACUGAACCUGGACAUGUGGAAACCUAUAUAUGGUCAGUCCCAGAAAGAUCUGGGCCUAGCAGGCAGGAGGAAACCUGUUUGACUUGGGCUUAUUACUCCACAGUUGAUCAAAUUAAGGACACCUACAGUGGCCUCAUUGGCCCACUUGUGAUCUGCAAGAAACCUGUUUUUCCAUUUUCCUUACGACCUGUGCCAAAGAAGCGAUUUUCUCUACUUUUCAUGGUCUUUGAUGAAAAUCAGUCCUGGUAUCUUGAUGAAAAUAUCCAAACAUAUUCCCUACACCCAGAUGAAGUGAAUAAAGAGGAUGAAGAAUUCAGUGAAAGCAAUAUGAUGCAUGCAAUCAAUGGAAAAAUGUAUUCCAACUUACAUGGACUUACAAUGCAUGUGGGAAAUGAAGUGGAUCUGCAUACAGUUCAUUUUCAUGCACACAGUUUUAAAUACUCUAUGGGUGCUGUUUACCAGACAGACGUAUUUGAUUUGUACCCAGGGACUUUUCAAACUGUUGAAAUGACUGCAAAGAACCAAGGAACAUGGCUACUACAUUGUCACGUGGCUGAUCACAUUCACUCAGGAAUGGUGGCAUUGUAUUCAGUACUUGAAAAUCAGGACAGUGAGUAA